AUGCACAGACCUACUUGGAGCUCCACCCCAGGACUGAGGACACAAACAGGCCAGGUGAAUGCCUUCACUCCCAGCAACACUAGCACUUCUGGCCUGGGUAGUCCCCCUCCAUUUAACCCCAUUGUGAUCCCCAGAUUUUUCCACUGCCUGGACAAGGAUGGCAGCCAGUCCCUGGAUGCAGGGGAGCUGAGGCCGGGCCUGUCACAGCUGGGGCUGGAGGUGGGCAAGGCAGAGGCUCUGUGCAGGCACUGGGACUGUGAUGGCAGUGGACCCUGGACCUGGAGUUCCUACAGGUGCUACAGGUGAGGCUGGUCUCAGUGACUGAAGGGCUGGUGUGGGGUGCUGACACUUGCCCAGACUCAGGAAGCUGUCAUUGUAGCUGCCUCUGCCAAGCUGGACCAGACUGGGGAUGGUGUGGUGACCACAUGAGGGGUGUACAGUGGUCAGGCUCUCCCCAAGGUGUACAGUGGAGAGUGGACAAAGGAUGAGGUCCUCCACCAAUUCCUCUACAAUUUUGACACUUUUGAGAAGGAUGGGCAGGUGUGUGUGUGUCUACCUGAUGCCUCCUCCCCAGAGCAGUGUCCUUGGCCUGGGUCUCCCUCAACCUGCUGCAACUCACAGUCUGCCCAUCCGCAGGUCACAUUACCUGAGUUCCAAGACUACUACAGCAGACUCAGCACCUCAAUGGAAGACCCAGAGUUUGUAGCCAUGGUGAGCAGCACCUGGCACCUCUGACAUAGCUGCCCUCACCCGCCUAAUAGCUGCACUUAGCCUAGUCCCUUUCCACCUGCCACCCUCUGCCACCACUGUCCCAGGGUACCCCAACUAGAAAGAGGGAGGGGGAUGUGUGAGAACGGAGGUUGAAGAACCGGCUGGACCAGGUCUCUGGCAGGGCCACCCACAGGCCUAGCAAUGGCUGGAUUGAUUACUGACCCCAUCAGGGGCCUCCAUGGCUAAAUCCAGCCUGUCUGGCUGCCAGGUGCAAAAGAGUCUGGGGCUUUAGUUAAAAGUUUUAAUGCAGUUCUCAAAUACAUUUCAUAUGACAAUCUUACAUAAAUGUUCCAAAACACAUGGGUGACGUCUGGAUUCACUUGUCACUGGCUGGCUAAGGCUGGAAGCAGUGUGGCCCACCUGCUAGGCAGCCUCUGGUGUCCUUGCUGGCUCCCCGGGAGUGGCCAGGCCAGAGGUGGGACCACACAGUCCACAGGAUGGUCAGUCACCUCAGGGCUGUGCUAUGCUAAGGGUGACCCCGGUGGUUCAGGUUGGCAGGCAAGAGGGCAGAAAGUCUCCUGGCUCCAAAACCUUCAUCCAGACAGGUGUUCUCAGGACCCAACUUACGGAGCCCCUGUGUGGGCUGGGCACCACCCAGAAGAGCGUCAAGUCAGCUCAGCCCGAGUGUAGCUUCACUCGACCUGGGGAGCCAAGCCACCAGAGAACAAGAGGCAGCUGCCACUUAGGCCUGGCAGAGGAAAGCCGAGCAGGCAGCAGGUCACUCAGCAGAAUGCUGAGCUCAGACUUCUCACUGUCACUGCCCAGGGAGGGAUGGUCACCACGAAGCUGUGACAAGUGUCAAUGUGCCAUUUCGAUCGGACGAAGGCGGGGAACGUUCUUUCUGCUCAUCAAUAUGAUGAGGUCUGAGUCCCAAGCCGCAUCCUGGCGUCCCCGUCUGCUGCAGAGGGGACACUCGGAUCCAGCCUGUGGCCACCCCGGCAAUA